AUGGCCUUCGAGAAGAUAUGUCAGGUAGCAAGUCAAGUUGUCCGUUCCACAGGACUUAACCUAGCAAGAAGACCUCCAUCGGCAUCCUGGGAGAAGAUGAUUCAGCCCGAGAAGCUCUUCUGGGCAAUGUACAUGUUGGACAAGCAACGAGUUUUCUUUAAUGGUCACCCGUGUGAUCUUUAUCUGUUUGAUUCUGAUCUACAGAUUGCUAGCUGUCGUGGCAACGCCACAUAUUCAGAACGUCUGAAUGCGGCUACAGUACACUUAGCAGCAAUCUGGGAAGAGAUCUUCAUCGCCUUGUAUUCGUGCCGUGGUUCUCGAUCGAGCAACGCUCAUCGUACUCGCCAGGUCGAAAUGCUGCGAAAUCUGGUCAAUGAAUGGGGAUUGCAGCACCAUACAGUCAUCGAUCAGCUAUCUUCACUCGAAGUUCCACCCGGCAGUGAUCCUCUACAAAUUGAAUUGAAAUACACCUAUCACGCAACGCAAAUCCUAAUCAACCGCUGCGACUCAAACGAGGAUAGUCAACAGCAAACCGUCUUUCACGCACGCAGCGCUCUGAAGAUUAUUAAUCUACUCGCAAGUGCACAGCCCUUGACAGUGAGCCAUCUCGUGGCUUUGGAGCGAAUUUUCCGCAACUAUCCAGUCGUUGCUUUUACAGAUCUCCUUGGCGUUUGCCUAACUAAAGGUUUACUGGGUAAGGAGGAAGAUAUACAGUUACUCCGAGCCGCGCGAGAUGCUUAUCAGCUCAUUCACGAGCCGAAUAUGUACUUUGGUAAUACGGAGAAGUCGUACACCGGAUUCAUCUGGUGUAUUGACUUGCUUGAUUUGGUUGAAAAUGCAGAGAAUGCAUGUCACUCCUCAUGCGAACCUGGCCGCGAACAAUCAUGUACCUUCAGCACCAUGUAUGCCUGGUGGGAUGCCGAGCGAAGUACCAGUAGUUCCAGCACUCGAAACAGGUUUCUUCGACUUUGA